AUGACUGUGCCAGGCCGCGACGUUGAAUUCACUGUCUGUGAUGGUACCAUCCUUCGAGGAUGGCACUACCCGACACAGGAAAAGAGCCCAUGCAUCAUACUGUCUCAUGGGCUUGCUGGAAUCCGCCAUUGGUUCCUCCCAGCCUUCGCCUCACGCUUCCAAGAGUCCGGCUUUGCCGUCCUUCUUUACGACAACAGAAACUGGGGCGACAGCGACGGCACACCCAGACAAGAAUCCAAUUCAAUCCUCCAGCAACUAGACCAUCACGAUGCCUUAAACUAUGCAAUAACCCUUCCCAGUGUUGACACGGGUAAGAUGGUCUACUGGGGCAUCAACUUCUCCGGCGACAACGUCAUAUACGCUGCAGCUAUCGACAAACGUAUCAAAGCAGCCAUCGUGCAGGCACCCUCUGUCUCUGGCGAAACUCGCUCUCUGGCAUUCAAGGACCAGAUUCCUGGGUUGUUUGACGACCGCGUGCGCAUCGCAGCAGGCGGCCAGCAAGGCCGGGUUCCCUGCAUCACAGAUACCGCUGAAUUAGCGCAGAGGGGCACAGCACCCGUGCUCUUCCCGAUCUGCACGCGUACGAAUCCUACAGCCAGAUCCCCGGCUGCGGCGGGAAGUGGAAAAACCAUGUGA